ACAAGGAGAGACGUAGAGAGACGGAGGGGAAAUCAGCAGAUGAGGGUCAACGGGGCUUUCCACUGUGUAGGAUCAGAAAAGACAUCAGAAUCGAGUGAGAAAGAGUGAGAAGAGGGAAGAAGUCUGUCAUAAACAGAUCAAACUGAGAGCGAUCGCAGAGGAGAGCGUGACACAAGUGUCAGGGAAGGUCGUGCCCUCCGGGCUGGGUUCAAGCUGUCAUUUGGAGGUUCUGCUCAGUGAAAGGAAACCUAAAAGCUUAUUUCACUCAAGUGAAGGACCGUAAUCGAAGGCUCUACAAAAUGACAAAUACGCUUUGCUCAAAGGAUCAGCUCUGUCCUGCAGGGAAGUACAUGGAAGCUGAAUGUAAGGGCACACAGAGGACGGUGUGUGGCGAUUGUACAGAGGGGUCCUUCACAGCCACUCAAAACGCCCUGAAAGAAUGCAGACCCUGCACAAAGUGCAUUACCAUUUCAAAUAGGAAACAACUAAGGGAGUGUACAUCCAAAGAAGACACAGUUUGUGAGUGUGUGUCAGGGUACUACUGCAGUGACGAUGCCUGCAGCCACUGCCAGAAACUGACAACAUGUCCUUUGGGUCAGGGAGUUAAAAUCCCAGCCAGUCGCACAAGUGAUGCAGUCUGUGCUCUGUGUGAAGUUGGGACCUACAGCAACGUCACAGAUUACCGUUCUCCCUGUGUGCCACACACCAGGUGUGAGGACAUCGGAAAAGAGCCGAAAACUCGAGGAAAUUCAACAACCGAUGCCGUCUGCGGGAACUUCAGAAGCGAUUGUUCCUGGGUUCUUCCAGCAGGCUUGUGGGCUGGACUGGUGUUGACCAUUAUCAUUGUGGCUGCUUUCAUCUUCUGGAGAACAAAACGCAGAUCACACAGAACAGCCUGCCCCGUUGAUCCCGUCAGGGUGCCUCUUCCUCCAGCUGUCACUCCGCCAAAGCCGAUUUCUCACUGCCAAGAGACCUGCAUCAAGGACAGCUACACACUAUCACUUUUUAACACAGACGGUCCAACGAUCAUCUGCAGCACUGAAGACAGCAGCUGUCCCAUAACGCCCCUGAAAGCAUCCGUUUCUUUUGUUGAGUCCCCCAGCGGCGACGGCAGCAUCAAAUGCAGCACCGGUAACUUCUGCAGGUUGAUUUCACAGCCACAGGAGGACGAGUGGUGUGGGGCUUUUUAACGCAGAGAUUCUGCAAAUAUUGUUCAGAACUGAUCAACUGCAUCAACCCCCCUAAAAAACAAAGAUGCUAAACUCAGGGGAGUUUAGGAUGGCUGGGUGUUUGCUGCCACCUGCAGGCGGUUGGGUAAAAACCACACGGGUGAGGCUAUUCACCUCACUGAAAGCUUUUUUUUAGUUAAAUUAUAAAAAACACUGCUCUUAUGAGUCAUGGGUUUCCUCCGUUAUUACCUCCAGGCAGUCACAUGAUCUGGUUAUUUAUAAGCUGAAAAUGCCUCACCAAUCCUUCAUAUGUAAGACGACGUCAGCAUCAGAAGGGAUUCAAAAUCAUAAAUGGCAGAGAGUCUAAAUAAGAUUAGGAUUUAUUAGAAUAAAAGCAGCUUUAUGCUGUAAACCAUUCCACCUCUUUUCCAAGUAAGACCAAAAAAAGUUACGUGAAAACUGUAAAUAGAGAUUUUUAAUGAUAUGCAUGUAUUAUAUAUGACUUAUAUUGACUUAUAUAAAUGUCAAAUGAUGAACUUGUUGUCAGUUAAUAGUUUUUUUAUAUUCACUUGUGUAUUUCAUAUAUCAGCAUCAACUUGCUGCUUACCUCCUUAAUUGUUUAAAGGGGACAUAUUGUGCAAAUCUCACCUUUUGUACUGCCAUGUGGGUCUCCACUGCCUCUAUAAACACUCCAAACAUGAAAAAAAUUAUUUCUAUCCAUUUUCUGUCUGUAUGGAUUUAGGAAGUACGUGCCUAAAACAUGCCGUUUCAAAAAGUCCAAUUUGUGAUGUCACAAACGGGGAAAUUGCCAUAGAACCACCUCUCAAGUGCAAGAGAGAGCUAAAGCUGUAGGAACAGCAGCUCUACUCCGAGCCCCUCCCAGAAAUCUGAGCUUCUCAGUUUAUUGACCCUUUGCACCUACGUCACUUGAUCACGUGGGUCCACCAUAUCAAACUGCAACGGUGAAUUAUGGGAGUAUUACAUGGUGGGCGAACAUGGCGGCCAAGCCUGGCUUCUAUUAGUUCAAGCGCUGUUCACUUAUAGAAUUUUCACACUUAGGUGGGACUCACAGAGAGCUGUGUGUCAGCUAGCUUACAAAUGUUAGCUUUCACCCUCUCUGCUGCUGUUAACCAGAGAGGUUUGUGACUUUUCCAGAAUUCACCCUGCUAGACUUAAAACAUUACGUGAUAAACAGAGUUUCACUUUGCACUUGUGCUGAUUAAAAAACUAAAAAACUAAAGAAAGUCUGGAUCCAUACCAGUUUUUGCCACUAGCCGGGUCACCAGGCUCAGCUGCUACUCUCACACAGGGGCGAGGCAAGACGUCUCAUAAUGGCUAGCUCAUCGUGCUAAAUAAAUAACGUAAUUUUAACACACAUAAUCCUGAUUGACUGUAGUGGUUCAUUCCAGUUUUCUGUCUCCAUCAAAUUUAUUAAAGAUAAGACAAGUUGAGUUUACACCCUUGUCUCUUAGUGCAGCCAGCCACGCAGCAAUUACCCGAAAACUGUGAAAUCAGCUAAAUAAAAGCAAUUUAAGGCUCAAACUAGCUUGUUUUCACUAGCUUCACAAGGGAUGCAACAUGUGUAAACAUGUCAUGUGCAAAGGGUCAAUAGCAGGCUGAGUGGGGAGUGGGUGGGCGUGGCCAACUCCAGCUUAUUUUGAUAGAGCACUGUAAUGGCUCAUUCUGGAAGGUACUGAAAAUUUCAAGAAUAAAAUAGCUGAAAUGGUUUCAUGUGAGAGGGAAUCAGUGCAAAGGACUUCAUAAAUGUGUUCAGUAUCGACCACAGGACUAUUAUAACUUAAGAAAAAUGUCAUAAUAUGCUGCCUUUAAGAAACUGGAAAACAUUUCUGUAGUAAAACAAAAUGAUGACUGAUGAGUUACUCAGGCUUGUGAGUGAUUCCCACUAGAAAGCAAACAUGAUAAAUGACAUUUUACUCAUAUUUAUGGACUCAAGAGACCUAAUCAGAUGAAGAAGAGAUGCUGUUUUUUAUUUCUACUUUGUUCAGAAUAUCUCAACAUUUGUUAUGUUUAUGCUGUUUCUUUUAUAAAGAGAUUAAAGUACCAGGUAUUUAUCUUCCGAUGUGUCAGGUUUGACUCAUAUUUUUAUCUCAGCCAGUUGUGAAUA